AUGGGGAGCACGGAAGCGCUCUUUGAUUCGCUGAUAAAAGAUUUUACUCUCAAUGUGAAUACAUCCAGAAAGGAGCCGAGGUUCUUAUUCGUGCGGGAGAGAAUCGUCGUGCUAAGAUUAAUUAGACUGCGACACGAGAAUCCUCGGCGUGGCGAUGCGCCGCCAGCGCCGCAGUCCUUGCCGCACAUGUUAUUAUGUAAAGCUGAAACAUCAGAAUGUAGGUCAGAACGAAGAUUUAAGACACUCACCGCGCUGAAGCGUGAGACAAGCGGACAGGCGUCAGCCCCCAUUUCUCGACCAACUCUAUGCGAGCAAUGGUGGCUGUUCAAUGGCAAUGUGUCAUCGGUUCGGAGCGCGUGCGAUCGUGCGGGAAGCGGCCAGCCCCGCGGCCGCUGCCUCCUCACUCUUGCGCCAUGGCGACGCUCUGCGCUGCCGCGACGCCCGCUCGCCGCCGGCCGCUUCGCAUGCUCGGCUCAGCCGCGACGCGGCGGGCGCAUCGCACCGUCGGGCCCACGCCUAGCGGCGGCUGUCGUCUCUCGCGGGCUCGCAAAGGACGUGGGCGCGCGGCUCGCGUUACGUAACGGGGCGCUCGCGGUGGCGCCUCACCGAAUGCAGCGACUCAUGGUCGGCGGGACGAGCCGCGUGUUUAGCUGUUCCGGCGGAGGAGCGCUACGUUCGCCCGUCGACGGCGGACUGGAGCGGUCGACGGUCGGCGGCCGCGCUUGCGUCCCGCGCCGCUCCUCCCGCCCGCGUAUCGACACCGCGUGCCAACCACUGCACCGCGGUACGUUGCGACCCCCCACUCCACCUCUUCGCACAGGUUUCGCGCGCCGCCCUCUACCUUUGCCGCACGCAGUGCUGCCAACUUAG